AUGGAAUCGAUUGAAAAAAAUAUGAACAACGAUGAUCAUGAUCAGACAACAUUAAUAACAAAUAAUAAAAGAAAACAAGAUGAUGAUUCAAAUCAAACUCGACAAUUACCAACGAAAAUUUUUCGAUCAGAAUCAUCAUCAUUACCAUUUGGUAUAGCAAAUGUUCUUCAAUCAACAAAUGAAUCAUCAAAAAAUUCUCAAAUACCUAGGACAACAUCAAUAUCUUCAGCAAAUCCAUGGUUAAUGGCAAUACAUCAUUUAUCUCAAUCAUCAUCAACAACAGCAUUAGCAAAUGCAUCAAAUUGGUGUGCAAAAUGUUCUAUGCAAUUUCGUCUGACAAGUGAAUUAGUUCAUCAUAUUCGUGUUCAUCAUGCAACAAGACGGAAUUGUUAUCAUCAUUAUCAAAUAUCUCAAGAAUCAACAACAACAACCACACCAACACCAACAACAAGAAAAACAUUAACAAAUUCUACAGCAUUAAUGAAUCUUACUUGUCAUAUUUGCUAUGAAACAUUUCGAGAAAGACAUCAUUUAACACGUCAUAUGACAUCACAUCGUUAA